CUUGUAGGAGUUUGAUUUCCUACUCUUACAGCGUUGAAAUACUUCAUAUCUGAAAAUGGAAAAUCCAGCAGUUUCACUCCUCGUUAAAACUAAUAAUCCUGCGCCCACGGUCGAUCAAAUAAAUGCCGACAGAAUAACACAGUUGGCCAACAAAUAUUGGGCACCUCACACAACCAACUCACACCUCCAGUUUGAUCCAGUAAUCAUCGAAGAUAUAUACAUACAAGAGAUAUGUGCUUCAAAGUUUUCAAUCAGGCGCAUAAUGAUGCUCGAAUUCAGCCAAUACCUGGAAAAUUAUCUUUGGCCAAAUUAUAGUACAGGAGAAACGUCACACAGUCACAUGAUGUCGAUAGUUGUAAUGCUGAAUGAAAAAUUUCGAGAGAGAGUCCAAGUCUGGGAAGCUUUUUCGAAGAAUCCUCAACAUUUUCCUGGAUUUUUUCAGCAAGUUCUGGAAGCUUGCUUGAACGAGAGUACAAUGGAUUUUGAUCUUAAAGAACAGACGGCGCUUAUUGUUUUUUUGAAUCAUUGUUUCAAUUCUAUGGAAGUAGCGUUAGUGAGAAAUGAAGUUAAGAGGUUGGUGUCAUUGUCAAUGUGGGUAUCACUGCAACAGGGCAGACGUGAGUUUGAGUUUAGAAAGUUUCCCAAGUGGAGAAAAUAUUGGAAAAUUAUACAAAAGAAAGAUAAGCCAGAGAUCAGACAGAAGUUGGACUGGGAGCGGAGAUUCCUACAGAGAUUGAUGGUCAAAUUUAUGACUAUCCUGGAAACUGUACCACUCGAGGGAGCAAUUUUUCCCGACAAGAUACAUUAUUGCGAAAGGUUCUUGGAGUUGGUUAUCGACUUGGAAGCUCUUCUGCCUACCAGACGUUUCUUCAACACAGUCAUGGAUGACAGUCAUUUGGUAGUACGGUGUCAACUCUCCAACUUGGUGCAACGCCCAGAGGGAGGUCUUUUCAACCAGCUUUUGGAGAUGCUCAAGUUUUAUGCAAGAUUCGAGAUAAGCGAAGAAACCGGCGAUCCCCUCACUGACCAUGAUAUGACGCAGUUGCAUUAUACAAAAAUCACCUCACUGCAGAAAGCUGCCUUCGCCAAGUUUCCUGAUCUGCGGAGCUUUGCACUGGCAAAUGUAGCCAGUGUUGAUACCAGAGAGGCACUCUAUAGACACUUUGGCACCUUGAGUCAGGAGAAGCUGCGAUCGAUUGCCACAUACCUGAACCUUGUCCCGCCGAAAGAGCGAGAGGUUGAUGAAAAUUGGUAUCGAUUGGAUCUGGGCUUUCUUCGGGAAUUACUGAUUUCGAGGCACGAGCGUCGAGCAUCGCAACUUGAAGAAUUGAACGAGAUGCCGCUAUACCCGACGGAGGAGGUUGUCUGGAACGAAAGUAUCGUGCCCACGGAAUAUUUCUCCGGCGAAGGCUGCCUGGCAUUGCCGAAACUGAAUCUUCAGUUUCUCACGCUUCACGACUACUUGCUGAGGAAUUUCAAUCUCUUCAGGCUCGAAUCAACGUAUGAAAUCAGGCAAGAUAUCGAGGACUCGGUCAGCAGGCUCAGUCCAUGGCGUGCGGAGGAUGGCGGCGUGUAUUACGGUGGAUGGGCCAGGAUGGCACAGCCGAUAACUCAGUUUGCAGUUGUUGAGGUUGCUAAGCCGAAUAUCGGGGAGAAUAGGCCGUCGCGCGUAAGAGCCGACGUCACUGUCAAUCUGAGCGUGAGAAAGGAAAUCAAGGCAGAGUGGGAAAACCUGAGGAAACACGACGUUUGCUUUUUAAUAUCAAUCAAACCUCCUAAUACCAUCGGAACGAAAUACAGUCACAAACUGCCGUUUGUACCCCAGGUUGGUUUGACAACCGUACGAGGGUGCGAGAUUGAGGGCAUGCUAGAUUCGAAUGGUCGGGUGAUCGAGGAUGGUCCUGAACCAAGGCCUGUACUCCCCGGCGAGAAUCGCACUUACCGUGUUUGGCUGGACUCUAAUCAAUACCGCAUUGAUAUGGAUAACGCGAGCCAUGGCAGAGAGGAUGUGUAUGAAGGUUUCAACAUAAUCAUGAGGCGGAAGCCGAAGGAGAAUAACUUCAAAGCUGUCCUAGAGACGAUUAGGGAAUUGAUGAACACCGAGUGUGUUGUACCCGAUUGGCUUCACAAUAUAAUAUUAGGAUACGGGGAUCCCGGAGCUGCCCAAUACGCAAGAAUGCCCGAUGAGAUCGCAGUAAUGGAUUUUAACGACACAUUUCUAGACAUAGAUCAUCUCCGAGCAAGUUUUCCGGGGUAUGAAAUUAAAGUUGAAAUCACCGAAGAAGAGAAAUUAGUUCGGCCGUUUCGACUUACGUUUGAGGAAGUCUUAUGCAAGCAGAACAACCAAUCGGAUAGAAAAGUGAUCAUGGUCGAACCACACGUACCGCCAAGUCGCGGCCCCUACAAGGCCAAUGAGCCCAAGAGAAACCAAAUACCGUUCACACCAACGCAAGUAGAGGCGAUCCGCGCAGGAAUGCAGCCAGGGCUGACGUUAGUCGUCGGUCCGCCGGGGACCGGAAAGACGGACGUUGCCGUGCAAAUUAUAUCGAAUUUAUACCACAACUUUCCCAAUCAAAGGACAUUAAUAGUCACACAUUCCAAUCAGGCAUUGAAUCAGUUGUUUGAAAAAAUCAUGGCCUUAGACAUAGAUGAGAGGCAUCUGCUCCGUUUAGGUCACGGCGAGGAGGCGCUUGAAACCGAAAAAGACUUCAGCCGAUACGGUAGGGUCAACUACGUUCUGGCAAAACGUCUGGAUCUUCUCAUGGAAGUUCAAAGGCUUCAGGAGUCUCUUAAUGUAAAAGGAGACGUUGCGUACACGUGCGAAACUGCUGGGCACUUCUUUAUGUACCAGAUACUUACUAGGUGGGAGCGCUUCAACGGAAGAAUCAAGCAAAGAUCGGGAAGCAAUCCCUCGCCUAACAUGGUUUCACAAGAGUUUCCAUUCCACAAGUUCUUUGACAAUGCACCACAGCCUCUCUUCAAGGAAAGAUCUUACAGCGAGGAUAUGGAAAUUGCCCAGGGUUGUUUCAGAUAUGUGGAGAGGAUGUUCGCUCAACUUGAGGAAUUCCGUGCGUUCGAAUUGCUCAGAUCAGGGCUGGACCGUUCAAAGUAUUUACUCGUGAAAGAAGCGAAGGUAAUCGCAAUGACUUGUACGCACGCAGCGCUCAAGCGACGGGAACUUGUCGACAUGGGAUUUAAAUACGACAACAUCCUUAUGGAAGAGUCCGCCCAAAUAUUGGAAAUCGAGACCUUCAUACCACUGCUGCUUCAAAACCCCCAAGAUGGUUACAAUCGUUUGAAGCGUUGGAUUAUGAUCGGCGACCACCACCAGUUGCCCCCUGUCAUUAAAAACAUGGCCUUCCAAAAAUAUUCAAAUAUGGAGCAGUCUUUAUUUGCAAGGUUCGUCAGGCUUGGUGUUCCUACCGUCGAUCUUGACGGCCAAGGUCGCGCCAGACCAAGUAUAUGCAAUCUCUACAACUGGCGGUACAAAAAGCUGGGUAAUCUGUGUCAUGUCGAGCGUAGUCCUGAAUAUCUUAUUGCCAACGCUGGGUUCUUAUUCGACUUUCAACUCAUUAACGUUGAAGACUUCAACGGCGUUGGCGAGAGCGAACCGAGCGCUUAUUUCUAUCAGAAUCUUGCCGAAGCUGAGUACUGCGUCGCAGUAUUCAUGUACAUGCGCCUUUUAGGAUACCCAGCUGACAAAAUCAGCAUACUAACCACCUACAAUGGACAGAAGCAUUUAAUACGCGACGUAAUAAACAUCAGGUGUGCUAACAACCCGUUGAUAGGACGACCAAACAAAGUGACCACUGUUGACAAGUAUCAGGGUCAACAGAACGACUACAUACUGUUGUCGUUGGUGAAAACACGAGCAGUUGGUCACUUGAGGGAUGUCAGGCGGCUGGUAGUGGCAAUGUCGCGAGCUCGGCUUGGUUUAUACGUCUUUGCCAGGGUCGCCUUAUUUAAAAACUGCUUCGAACUUACACCCGCGUUCGACCAGCUAAUGCAGCGACCCCUUAAAUUGCACAUUCUUCCUAGCGAAAUGUAUCCAGCACAAAGACUCAAUGAAAGCUUGGCAGCAUCAGUUAACCUUUUGCCCGAGGCUGUCGUCAUCGAAGACAUGCCCCAAAUGGCAAAAUUCGUCUAUGAUUACUAUAUGGACAAAGUUAGCACCAUGAAAGCACAGACACACGGUGCAAAACAAUGGCAAGAACCUGGUACAACGGGCCGCAUCGCUAGCCCCACACAUCACAUUUCUGCACAUCCUGGUGCCGAUGAUGACACUGAUGACGAAGAUGAACAAGCUCGAAUUCAGUUAAGCGAUGACUGCGCUGAUGAAAAGAAACUAUCGGGAGAUGUAGAAAAGCCGAAGCCAAUUCAAAAUUUGCUUGAGGAAUCAACGGACGAUCAUUCGAGCGCUUCUCCCGAGAAAUGACGGACAAGACAAUCUGAUUCUACGUGUUCUUUUUCUUUUUUGAUGGAACAAGUAAUGUGCUGCUUGGAUCGAAAAAUUUUACCAAUUUUUUAUUAAUCAUGACUCUUGAUUUACACGAGCUGUAAUAUCUCAUUCUUUCGAUUUAGUAAGGAUGUACUACGAAACACAUGAUCCUUUGGCGAAAGUUAGAAAUGCCAGAUCUAACUGAAAGAACAUGAUCCCUGAGAUUUGUAUGCAGGUUCACCACAGUAAACGAUUAAUAAUCAACUGCAAUAACGACCACAUGUAUACCAUCGUUACUUUACACACUUUUCUGUAUUAUAAAAUCUUUUGUAAAUUACUCCGUAUACUUACAAAAUAUUAAAUUGCAUUUAAACACAGAUUUACAGAAUGCCCCCUACGCGUGUUUGAAACGCUGUACAGACCUCUUUUAUCGACCUAAACCAAUUGCAUGAAUUCCCAUGUUGCCGCAAUCUACGAUUUGAAAGUAUGUACCUAAGAGCUGAAAUGAAUUAAUUUUUGCCCUAAGCAUUACGAAAGGUAGCCUAAAAUUUUGGUUAUUUUUAAUUCAAUUUCGGUGAAUUUUGAAAUAUGCUAGAAUAUAUUUAUUCAGAAGCCGUAUUAAGGUAAUUUUGCGCUUAAAGUGAAUUGUGCGUUAUCUCUAGUCGUUGCAAAUAACGGAUCCAAAUUGACACCGGAAAAGGCAAAAACACUUUGUAUUUUGUCAAAUUUUCACUCAUGUUGGUCCUGUCUUGUCCCAGAUGCUUUUGUGUUCUUGAAGUCCAUCUUGUAGGAAAGUGGACCCGCGGAGUGAUUGGGAGACACAAGGAGAAUGUCUGAAAAUAUCGCGAAAGUAGUAACUCCAUUCGAAUGAAUUUUGAUUCAAGGGGUUCGAAUAGAAUACAAGAAUAUUAUGACCAACAAAUUAUUAGUUGAUUAAAUGUCUACUGAAUCUUCUCCAUAAAACUUUAGAUGUGCAUCGAAUUUAUGACUCCUUUCUUUCAGGUCCGUUCUGCAUGCCACUCCGAAAUUCCUGCUAAAUUAUGUGUGAGUAAUAAAGUGAUGAGAAAAACCCGGUGAAAACCAUGACUAACAUUUGACAUGCGCCAAAUUGGAGGCAAUCGUUAUAGCACGGAAUGAUUAAAUCAUACAUAUGAGUUGUACGCUCUAUCCAGCAAGUAUUGGGGCAUGCACUAGGACACACAGCGUCAAUAUCACAAUGAUUCGAUUCAUCGAUCCCUGUUUUCAAGCAAUCUCCUCCGUUCAGAUAUUCUUCGCAUACCAGAAGCAGUUUGACGCUAAAAUUUCUGCGAUUCCAUUAAUUGUGAACAGAAGAGGCUUAUAUUGAUCAAACUUGAUGCGUUGCCCUGAAACGCAUGAAACUGAUCAAAAUGAGCGCAGUACCAACGGCAGACAAAAAUUACGAUGCCGAAAAAUUUUGGUCUCAGAUUCGAUCUAAAUGACCCUUUCCUGACUAAUUGGACCCCCAGGAACACAGAAAACACACCAAAAAGAGCGUCGGACCAACAGCAGAGAAUUUGAGAAGAAAAUGCGCAGGAAUCUAAUUAUUUAUUCGUUCAUCCUAAUACAUCUUACAUUAAAUAGUAACAAUACAAUAUCAUACACUUCGUUCUCCGUAUGGAGCCGUUGCAUUUGUACCCAGGCCGGAGCCUGAACUCUACUUACUUAAAUACUACAAGAAUAACUUUCUCAUAUAAAAUUUUUCAUAUUUUGCCUAAGGUUACAUACAUUGUGCUAAUUUUUCCUUAUAUAAUAGUUACAUUUUUUGUGUGAUGUGUAAUGAUUUUCUUGUAUUUCUUUUUAUCUUAAACACUAAUAUAAAUAUUACCAAGCAAAUAGAAGCACUAUACACUGACAUCAGAACACUUGUACUACGAUUUGGGGGUAUUGAAUAAAUUACAGAUAUUUCUUGUGUGAUGAGUAA